UUGCUGUGCAAUUGCGCAACGUAUGAAAAGGGACCUCUGACUUCGAAAAGUUCUUGCACCGUCAUCGGCAGACCUCCAGGCUGAGCCAAGCGCCGCGCUGCGCCUUUAAGAGGCGCGAUGGGCGGGAGGGCGUGUUGCAGGCAUGCCUCCUUUGCUCGCGCUCCCACUCGCCUAGUUAAAGGAGAACCGCGCCGCGUCCAGCUGCCGCCGCCGAGAAGUUAAAGUCAAAGUCAAGCGGGGAAGACUUUGCCAUUGCAACAGGCAGCAGCAGCAAAAACAACACAACAACACUUGGGAAGGUUUGCGGGGGAACCACCAUCAGCGCAACGUGGGGGAGAAAGGAGAGCGCGCACAGAGGCAUCUUAUUAUGAUUAUGUAUUAUUGCUUUUGUUAAAAACAAAACAAAACACCUUGCCAUGUAAAGUUGUGUGUGCAGGACACGCACUUUCUUUUUUUUUGAAAAACUAAAGUAUUGUAGUUGGGCGCGCGCGAGCGGCAGAUCGCCCCCCCCUUCCCUGCCUUGACCCACAUUUCAUUCAUCUGGUGCUGCUUGGAGACGCAGAUGAUGUACACCAUCACUAAGGGACCUAGCAAGUUAGCCACCCAACGGAGGACAGGUCCCACGCAGCAGGUGGAGAGCAAACUGGCCGACUUGAAAUGCCGCCGGCGACAGCAGCAGCAGCAGUUCAGCGAGUGGCCUCUGUCAAGCCCAGCUCCAAAGCUCGUGUUCAACAGGGUAAAUGGCAAGAGACCCCCACUCAUGACCCCCGCUACAUUGGCCACAGAGGAAAGCUACACCGUGGCACAUGAAGAAAAUGUUCGGUUCGUGUAUGAAGCCUGGCAACAGGUGCAGCAGCAGCUGGAUGGCGUCCAGCAAGGGGACAGCAGAUCUGCUCCAGUGCAAUACACAGAAAAAACACCUGGCCCUGAAUUGAAAGAUUUUGUGCCCAUAGACCUUGAGGACUGGUGGGCCCAACAGUUCCUGGCAAAAAUCGAGAACGGAUCUUAACAAGGGGUCAUGCAGAAAGCUUAAAACAAAAAAGAGUUUUAAAUUUACCGUAAGGAAAAUAUGCACCCAUCCAAGCAAAGAGAAAAGAGAGAGAAAAUGGGGAACCCCUUGGCAGUCCCACCCUGGUGCCCACUUUGGGGGCAGGAAGGAGAGUGACUGACAGUGAACUGCUUCCUUAGAAGCUCUGGAUUUUUUUUCCACCGGAAGAUUCAGACAGACUGAAUGUCUGGAAGUGCCAUGGCAACGUGGGUUGGGGGGGAGGCUUAGGGGAGGGUCUGGCAUCCCUGUCCUACUCCCACUUGGAGCUGGCACCCUCUGGAAAGCCAGUGCUGCCCUGUAAAGCCAAGACUGCAUUCUCAAUAAAAGCACCAAUGUGCCAGUGGAACAAGGCCGUGCUGCGUGGGGAGGAAUUAUGGCUGGGAGCGGGCCAAGGACGCCACUCCUGCAAAAAAGGAAAGGAUUACAAAAGCCUUUGCUGGUGCUGUUCUGCUGGCUGGCAGAUCAAGGGCAGGGGAGAGCUUUCGGUGCAGGGGGAUUCAGGUUUGCUUUUGCCUCAGCUGCUAAGGGUUGCGCUGCCAUUUGGUCAAGGCAGGGAUGUAGAAUCGUGUAGUCCACCCCCACCCCCAAUGCAGGAAUAUACAGCUGUCCCAUAUGGGGAUUGAACCUGCAACCUUGGUGUUAUCAGCACCACACUCUAACCAACUUAGCUAUCUCUUCUGACAGAGAAAAACACAGAGUGCAAAGUCCUGCUCUUGCUUAAAGUUUUAGCUCAGGGGAGGAUAGUUUCUAUGUUCUUGGGUAUUGUUCUAUUUAAGAACAUCAGGGUUUCCCAGCUGGAUCAGGCCAAUGGCCCAUGUAGCCCACCACCCUGUUCUCACGAUGGCCAACCAGAUGCCUCAAGCAGCAUUUGAGCACAAGAGAGCUCUCACCUUCUGUUGGUUUACAAUAACUGGUAUUUAGAGGCAUUCCUGCCUCCAAAGUGUGGCAGCAGAACUAUGCUUCUCGCAGAGCAGCAACUGACUCCCAUGUAGUUAUGCACAGCACACACACCUGCUAAGUAUGUUACACUCUCUGGGAUGUGGGUGUGUAUGCAUGCGCGCUCGCACACAGAUACACAACCCCCCCCCCAUCUACCAUGACAGGGAAAAAUUGCAGAGUCGCUAUUUUGAAAAUCCGGUUUAUUUUUUGAGAUGGGGGAAAAUGUCACCACUACAACUGACUGCAGUAUAUAAGAGUACAUUGAAGAGCAGAUGGACACACACAUGUCUGUGACAUGGACUAACCCUGCACCCCUCCCUUUCAGAAGUCCCUGUAUCCUCCUUAGUGUUUAAAAAUGUAUUUUCAUAGGCAGGCAGGCAUACACACACACACACACACACA